AUGGUAACCGAGCGAUCGAAUUCAAUCAUUCUCUUUUCCAUUCUUGUACUUGUUUUGGUCUUCUCUCCAAUCCUUCCAUGUCAAGCAGCUCGAGUGCAAUUCGAUGCUGAAGGGCGUAUGUUGCUGAAAGAACGGGCACCGGGCCGCUAUUGCCCGGCUUGUGUGUGUUGUGCACCAGCUCCAAAAGAUGGUUGCUGCCCAUGCAUUUGUCGAUGA